AUGGUAUCAUCAGAGUCAUUUAUCAAAGGAAUUCAAUCAGCAUUAUUUACAUCGUCAUUUAUUGAAAAUUUCAGUAAAUCUAUUGUGACAUCUACUACAUUUGUCAGUCAUCGUCUUCCAUCAAAAGGCAAAAUCAAACCAAUUAUUGUUGGCUUUAUUCGAUAUAACGAUACGAAUAAUUUCAUUCAACGUCGUCGUCAACUGAAAACUAUUGCUGGUUGUGAAAAAAUUUAUGUGAAUGAACAUUUGACACAAUCAAAUUCAAGCCUGUUUUAUUAUGCUAAACAAAAUUUACCAAAAUUAACUGUGUAUACAAGAAACGGUAAUAUUUAUUAUCGUAAUGGUGAUAAAGCACAAAGAUUAGGAGACUUUUCAGAGAUUGGCGCGUUGUCAGGGGCUUUAAGUAGUUAG